AUGGGUGAAUCUCAAAAUUCUAAAAAUACAGCUAAAAUACUUGAACCCAAAGAACUCGCCAGCAAACUACUUGCCAUAUUCAAUAAAGGGAGCGAUGGUUUUCUUUCGGAUGUAGAGAUAAUAUUUAGAUCAGUACAGGAAAUCUUGAUACCGAUACACCAGACUUAUGGAUUGUUUUAUCAUUAUGGGAUUGGCACGGAACCCAACGAAGAAAUGGCAUUUACUUUAUUCAAGAAAUCAGCCAUAAGGGAUAACACUACACCAAAAGAUAUAAACGAAGCAAUCAAAUAUUAUAAAAAAGCAGCUGAUGCUGGUGAUGCUGCGGUAUGGAAGCUUCGAUCAUCAUCGAAAAGCUAUGAUGGGCGGGACCCUGCUGAAUCCGAUAUUGUUCAUUGUUAUGAAAGGGGGAUUGGCGUGAAGAAGGAUGGAAAUAAAGUUUUUUAUUGGUAUUCAGCGUCGGUGAGGUGUGGCGAACCUAAUGGGGAUAUGCAUAAAGCUACAAACUGGCUUUAUAAAGCUCAUACGAAUAAAGACGAAGACUCGACGAUUUGUUUGAGAGAGCUAUUUUAA